ACUAUUGGCAUUCAAGAGCAUAUAGUCAAACCGUAUUUGGAAGAAAUAAAGGAUUGCAAUUUUGGGUGGGUAAAAUUAACUUUAAGUCGACGAUGCCCUGAUGCCCAAUAUUGUUUCCGACAAUAGCUGGUCUCAUUGAUUACCUUCUAGAUAGAACUUAUGUCUUUUUGGUUAAAAGUGUAUGCCUCUAUUUAAGUUUUAAUUCAACCAAUUCAUUCAAGAGUGCAAUAAUUUCAGCAAUGAUGAACACACAAAGUGGAAUAGAGGAAGAUGUAGUGCUCACAGGUCAGACACAAAUAAGCCAGUGCCUAAACGGAGUUUUUGACGCCAUGGCCUUACGCUGUUGUGUUGAGCUCCGUAUCGCCGACAUAAUAAGCAACCACAACCGACCCACGACGUUAUCAGAAAUUGCCACUGGUAUUGAUUCUCCAUCAAUAAAUAUUGAUGGGCUUGAACGACUCAUGAAGUUCUUAGUCCACAAAAAGGUGUUCAACGAAAUUCCUCAAGCAGAAGAAUUAGAAGGAGAACGCGAAACACUUUACGCCAUGAACAACUGUUCUAAAUGGUUGUUAAGCGAUGCACACCUCACAUUGGCACCGAUUGUUAUGAGUUGUACGGAUCCAGUCAUGGUUUCGCCUCUGCAUGUGCUAAGUCGAGCGAUUAAAGAAGGUGGUACAGCAUUUAAAAUGACGCAUGGAGAAGAGUUGUAUAGUUUUUCUUUGCGUAAUCCAAAGUUCAACAGAAUUUUCAACGAGGACAUGGCAUGCGCUGCUAAGAUCAAUUUGGAUGCCAUUAUCUCAAGUUACAGGAAUGGAUUUCUUGGGAUGAAAGGAAGUGUGGUGGAUGUUGGAGGUGGUACUGGUGUUGCAAUAUCUGAGAUUGUGAAGGCAUAUCCACAUCUUAAGGGGAUUAACUUUGAUUUGCAACAUGUUAUUUCAACUGCGCCAACAUAUGAUGGGGUUACGCAUGUUGCUGGUGACAUGUUUGAGGCCAUUCCUCCUGUAGAUACGAUCUUUAUGAAGUGGAUCUUGCACAAUUGGAGUGAUGAUGAUUGCGCUAAAAUACUUACGAAUUGUCGAAAAGCCAUACCUAAGGAAACUGGAAGAGUCAUUAUUGUGGAGAUCGUUCAACAGCCUAAAGAAGAUGAUGCUUUUAGUGACACGCGCUUCAUACUUGAUCUAUCGAUGCUUGCAUAUUUUUCUAGUGGAAAGGAAAGAUCUGAAAAGGAAUGGAAGAAACUUCUUGGUGAUUGUGGCUUUUUCCGUUACAAUAUAACUAAGAUGCCUUCGCUUCUGUCGAUUAUUGAGGCCUUUCCAUAAUGAUUAUGUAUGCUCUUGAUGAAUGUCUAAUUAAUAAUGCCAAUUGCAUGUACUUUUCAUGGUUUUUAAUAAAUAUCUCCUAAUAAUAACUA